AUGUCGGAACAACAGCAAUUUGAUUUGUUAAAACGAAAACGGAAGUCUUUACGCACCGCGGUAACGAAAGCUGUAAACGAUUUAGAAACUGAAUUGGCUAAUGAACAAUUAAAUUCUGAAAAGUUAGAGGAAUUUUCGGAAAUUCUUAAUUGUAAAUUCGAACAAUUGUCUAUAGUUGAUCAACAACUUGAGCCUCUUUUUAAUACAGAUAAUUUUGAGGAAGAGUUUGAAACGGCGCAAGAAUAUAGAGAUAAAGUUUUACUUUGUCUGUUCCGCACUAAAAAGAAAAUUAAUCAUGUUGCUAAGUUGAACUUGGAUAAUUCGUCAUUAGUAGAAAACACGGCUUCGACUAUUCCAACAGAAAACUUUCUUCCCCAGAAUGUUGAAAGUAUCAAAAUUAAAAUCCCCAAAUAUCAUAUAGCCAGAUUUUUUGGCGAUGAUGCCUCUAAGUGGCUGACAUUUUGGAACAGUUUUGAAACGGCUGUACAUAACAAUGAGUCAUUAAAUAAAGUCGACAAAUUUAAUUAUUUAAAGGCUCAUCUUGGAGGAUCUGCAUUAAAUACCGUAGAAGGAUUUCCUAUUUCAGCAGCUGCGUACGAUGAAGCAGUUCAAUUAUUGAAAGAACGAUUUGCAAGUACUGAAGUAUUGGUUCAAGCCCAUAUGAAUAAAAUAUUAUCUUUACCACCAUUAAAAGAUUCUAACGACAUUCGGUCCUUCCGACAAUUUGUUGAUAACUGUAAUGUUCAAUUGAGAAGUUUGGAGUCUUUAGGUAUUUCAACCUCACAAUAUGGAAGUAUCUUGUGUCCAAUAAUCAUGAAACUUAUUCCGGCUGAUUUACUUUUAGAAUACAAUAAAUCAGAAAAACAAAAUUCAGGUUCUAAAAUUGAGGAACUGUUAUCCUUCAUUACUCAUGCCUUAGCUGCCAGAGAAAAAACGCAGUCUAUUAACAAAACAAAUAAAUCGUGUAUUGAAUUGCGUAAUCGACGUAUGGAGUUUAAAUACCAGGAUCGCGAAAAUAAAAGAAUAAAUCAAAAAGGUAUCUCUACUGCUACUGCUAAUGAACUGUUAGUGACUCCUCUCAAUGAAAAUAGAAACAAAACGAAGAAUAGCUGUGUCUUUUGUGAAUCGAUGACUCAUACUACGAAUAGCUGUGGACGAGCGGACAUAAUAGGAAAACUAUUUACGGGUGAGAUUAAACAAGUAUCUAAAGGUCUCACAGCAGUAAAUACAAAAUUGGGAUGGACUGUUAUGGGAAAAUCGAACUCUAAAUCCACUUUUGAAUCUAAAAAUUCAUUACUGGUGCAUUCUUUGCUUACAAAUCAGACAAAAAUUUCGGACCUAUGGGAAUUAGAUUCUUUGGGAAUUAAGGACCCAAGUGAAAAGAAAACGAAACUUGAGUUGCAAGAUCUUACUUUAAAACAUUUUGAGAAUACGGUCUCGCAAAAUGAAGAUGGUAGAUAUUAUGUAUACAUUCCUUGGAUCGAUGGACAUGAUAAACUUAGUGAUAAUUUUCAACUAGCCGAAAGAAGGUUGAAAAAUACUGUAAGAUCUCUAAAAGGUAAUGGUAGACUAUUAGAUUAUGAGCAAGUGUUUUUUGAAUGGGAAAAUGAGGGGAUUAUUGAAAGGGUUAAUGAAAAUGAUCAUGAAAAAAAUAAGAAAAUUCAUUACCUACCACACAGACCUGUGUUCAAAGAAAACUCUACAACCAAAAUCCGCCCUGUAUUUGAUGGGUCCGCUCGUCAUGGACACUUUUGUUCUCUGAACUCUUGCAUUGAACCAGGACCUAAUUUAAUUGAAAUGAUACCUGCAAUCUUGAAUAGGUUUCGUUUAAGAAAGAUAGGAGUAAUAUCGGAUAUUCGUAAAGCAUUCUUGCAAAUCGCUUUACACGAAAACGAUAGGAACUUUCUACGUUUUUUGUGGUGGGAAGGUGGCGAUCAUGAAAAGGUUAUUAUUUAUAGACAUUGUCGAGUAGUCUUUGGAGUAUCAUGCAGUCCCUUCCUGCUAGCUGCAGUAUUAAAUUUUCAUCUAAAACGGGCACCUGAGCAUUUGAAAGCUGCAGCUGAAAAGCUACUAGACUCUAUGUACGUUGACAAUUGCUUAACGAGUGUGGAAACAUUCGAAGAAUACUUGUCUUUUCAACGAGACUCUAGAGAAUUGUUGGCAUUAGGAAAUUUCGACUUACGUGGUUGGAGACAUAGUAACAUGCAUUCACCUAUUUUGGAGGAAAGCAUUGAUCAACCUGAUCUCUAUUCGCCCGAGGUACAAGUUCUUGGUCUUUUGUGGAAUGUGGAAAGAGAUACUUUGUCCAUCUCUUUCAAAGAGCCCGUUCUUGAAGAAGGACCUGUUUCGAAAAGAAAAAUACUUUCCAUUACUCAUCGAAUUUUUGACCCAAUUGGAGUCACCUGCCCUGUCACUCUAAUUCCCAAACUGAUUCUGCAAGAGUGCUGGAAGAUGGAAGCGUCUUGGGAUUCUCCAUUGCCUGAAGACAUCGAGAAAAAAUUUGAAAUUUGGCAGCGUCAACUUAAAGACUUGAAAGAAUUAGAAAUUUCACGGAGGCUGUCACACCUCGAUCUUAAAGACGCCAGCUUGUCACUAGAGGUAUUUUGCGACGCUUCAAAAUUGGCUUACGCUACGUGCGCAUUUCUUCGAGUUGAGAAAGAUGGCAAGGUGACCUGCCAAUUAAUCCAAGCACGAUCAAAGGUUGCUCCUUUGAAAGGUAUUUCUAUCCCAAGAUUGGAACUUUUAUCUUGCAUGAUCGGAGCAAGGUUAGCUGAUGCGAUAAAGAGAGAUUUGCAUUUGGAAGAUAUUGAAAGCACUUUCUGGUCUGAUUCAAUGGAUGUUCUACAUUGGAUAAAAAGAGAAGGCCCAUGGGCUACCUUUGUUGCUAAUAGAGUGGAGGAGAUAAGAAAACUAUCUUCUGUGGAAAAUUGGAGACAUGUACCUGGUAUUUCUAACACAGCUGAUCUCCCAUCGAGAGGAUGUACAGUGAGGACCCUCAUCAAAAGUCAUUGGUGGGAAGGACCUGAUUGGAUCAAAAGGUCGAAAGAAGAUUGGCCAAAAUCUGCUCAUUUUCCAAAUAUGGAAGUGGUUAAUUCAGAAAAGAAGAAGACUAUUGUAACCGCUUCUGUUUUACAACUUGAGGAAAAGUAUUAUCAUCGAUUUUCAUCGUAUGUUAAAAUUGUCCGAAUUACAGCUUGGCUUUUAAGGUUUCUUAAGAAUCUGAAGAAUGGGAGAAAUCGAAGAACAGUAGGUCCAUUGAAUUAUGAUGAAAUCAAGAAGGCUGAACGUAUUUUGCUGAAACAAGUGCAGUUAGAAGCCUUUUAUGAUGAGAACGACAAAAGGUUAAAAUCUUUACAAGUUAUCAAAGACUCUGAGGGAAUUCUAAGAGUGAAAACCAGAAUAUUUUUUAGGGAAGACCAUAGAGAUUUUCGUCUACCCAUAAUUCUUCCUUCCGAUCAUCCUGUUGUCAUGACUCUCAUAAUGUAUGAACACGAACAUCAUGGACAUUCUGGAGUUCAAAUGCUUAUGUACCUUCUUAGGGAAAAUUACUGGAUUUUGAAGUCAAGAAAAGCUAUUAAAAAAGUUAUAAAGUCCUGCAUCAUUUGCAAUAGAUUUGAUGCAAAACCGGUUUUUGUUCAGGAGGGCCUAUUGCCUCAAGACCGUGUGAGAGAUGCUGAAACUUUCGAAAUCGUAGGAUUAGAUCUAGCUGGACCUGUCAUCCUUAAAGAAGAAAGAAAGGCUUGGAUUUUGAUCCUAACUUGCGCGGUUUACCGUGCAGUCCACCUCGAACUUUUAACUUCAGUAUCAACUGAAAAUUUCCUACUAGGUUUGAGGAGAUUUAUUGCACGAAGAGGUCGACCAUCUGUCAUCUAUUCAGAUAAUGGUACAAAUUUGAAAAGUGCUCAUCGUCUACUGAAGGAAGUUGAUUUCGAAAAACUGAAGAAUAUUGAAGAACUAAGUCCUAUUUCUUGGACUUUUAUACCUCCAAAUGCCCCCUGGUUGGGAGGAUUUUGGGAGAGACUUAUCGGCCUUAUGAAGCGGAUUUUAAGAAGAACUUUAAGAAAGACAUCUUUAAAUCAUGAAGAAAUGAACACAGUUCUUUGUGACUGUGAAAGAGUAAUGAAUUCAAGACCACUUACUUAUGUUUCGGAAGAUGCCGAAGAUUUGGAACCCCUUACUCCAGCAAUGUUCCUGCACAAUAUUAGAGAAACCGGUGUGCCUGAUUUAGACCUAAUUGAAGAAACUAAGUUUAAUAAAAGAUUGGCCUACCGAAACAGAAUCCAAAAGGAUCUAAGGAAACGUUUUCGAUCGGAAUACUUGGGACAAUUGCGAGAAAUACAAAAGGUAAAAAGAGAAACUGCUUUAUGUAUUGGAGACAUCGUUUUGGUUGAAGAUAAUACCAAAAGAUUGAACUGGAAUUUGGGGAGGAUUUUGAAACUGUUUCAAGGAAAAGACAAUAGAGCUAGAGUAGCUCUAGUUAAAACCAAGUUUGGUUCUUUUCUGCGUCCUGUGCAGAAAUUAUAUCCACUUGAAGUGAGCGAAAAUGAUAAACCUGUUGAACACAAUACUAAUUCUCCUCUAAUUUCAGGUGCUAAUAGACGAGAGACUUUUCCCAUCUCUUUAGAUAGGAAGACUUCCCUGAUAGAGCCCCCUGAUGGUCUUCCACUUCCUUCUAAAGAAUCUGACUGUGGAACCGACAUGGUGCCGACGAUGGAUUCUUCGCCUCUCCUUCCGAAUGAAACUUCUCAUCCUGUCUUACCUGACGGAACUGAAAAAUUGGAACCAAGGCGAUCCCGUUAUGGACGAUUGCUGAGACCUGUCCAAAGACUAUGA